AGGACAGUCGCGCUAAUUUCGGAGCAAGUGAAAUUUUCAUAGUGACAACGUUGACGGAAAUUUAUUUUCAAAGUUGUAUUGCAAAUGAUGGCUGACAUUGAAAUGGACGGGGAUAAUCAAAGUGAAGACGGAGAAAUCAAGAAAAGUCCAUCGAAAGAUAUGGAAGACUACAGUUUCUCGGAAGAGGAAGGCGGAGAUACCGCGGAUUCGCUGGACAUCAAGCCUCCUCAGGCAAUGGUUCGACAUCACAAGACCAUUACAACAAGGAGAAGAGACAAGCACGUGGAACGUCGAGAUCGCAGAGAAGAGAAGGAACGAAAGUCUCGUCAUCACGAACGCGAGGAAAGGCACAGAGAUAAGCAUAGGCAUCGAAGGCACGGAGUUGAGGGCAUGGAAAGGGUCGAGCGCCCAGAAGGCUCCAAGAGAGAGCGGGAUAGGAUAGAGCGGAUCGAAGCUCACGGUAGAGAGAGAGAAUCGUCUAGACACGAGCGAAAGGAAAGAACGACCGGAGAUCGAGUUUUGGAAGAUUUGAGGGAAAGAUUGCUCGAUAAGCGUCGGGAGAGAAGAGAAGACCCUCGGGAAUAUAAAGGAGAAUCUAGAAGAGAACUGCGCGUCGAAGAGACUCGUGAGGUUAGAGAGACCAGAGACCGUCGAGAAAUGAGAAUGGAAGAGGUUAGAGAGCGCAGAGAGAUCAGAACUUUGGUGGACGAUACGCGGGAUCGUCGAGAGGUUAGAGUGGAAGAACGCAGGCACGUGCGAGUGAUGGAAGAGCAGUAUGUGGAUCCUGAAUUGAUAGAGAGACCAGAGCGGGAGAAGAGACACAAGAGAUCUCAUAAACACGAGAGAACACGAGAUAGAGACCGGGAAAAGGUAGAUAGGGAGAGGGAACACAGGGAGAAACAGUUGAGAGAAGCCAUGGAUGUCGUCAAUGUAGAAGAUCCAGAGGAGGAGGAAGUCAGCGAGGUGCCGAUCGAAUCGAAAGAGGUUAAGGAGCUCAGCGAACAGGAGCUCAGAAAAGAAAGCUCACUGUAUUCCAGGCUAUUAGAAGCCGACAGAGAGAUGGCCAGAAGAAAGGAAGUGUCCAGGUUGGAGCUCGAGGCUAGAAGAAUGAAGAGAGGCGAGAAAAGGCCAAAAUCUCCGGAUCCCGAUCCAGACCCUUCGGUAGUGGAACUCUCGGAUGAAAGCCCCAGUCCUGUUCAAUCCGAGGGAGUACACUCUAAUUCCAGACAUUCGUCGGAGGAGCAGCAGAGCAAUCGAGAGAGAUCGUCGGACAGACAGUCCUCGGAGUCCUCGGAGACGACCAGCGAUGAAGAGGACGAAUCCAACGAAUCGAACAAAGGCAGCAACGAGGACUCUAAUGAUGGCUCCGACUACAACAAUCCCAGUCCACUGUCGGUCGAUCGUCUGGCAAAGUCUGACCACUCCGAUGGAGACUCCCCUGGCCACGUGGAUUCUAACGGUGCAGCUCCAAAGGAACCUCCUGCUGAAGAGAAGAAACCCGUAGUGGAAGAAGAAGAGGAACCCGAACUGCCACCGUACCUGCCAGCGAUUCAAGGUUGUCGCAGUGUCGAAGAAUUCCAGUGCCUGAAUCGCAUCGACGAGGGCACCUUCGGAGUGGUGUACAGGGCCAGGGACAAACGCACCGACGAAAUAGUUGCUCUGAAGAGGCUGAAAAUGGAGAAGGAGAAGGACGGCUUUCCGAUCACCAGCUUGAGAGAAAUCAACACCCUCCUGAAGGCGCAGCACCCGAACAUAGUAACCGUCCGCGAGAUCGUCGUCGGCAGCAACAUGGACAAGAUAUUCAUUGUGAUGGAAUACGUCGAGCACGACCUGAAGUCGCUGAUGGAAACGAUGAAGCAGAAGAAGCAGGUUUUCAUCCCGGGCGAGGUCAAGUGCCUGAUGCAGCAACUGCUCAGGGCGGUGUCGCAUCUCCACGACAAUUGGAUCCUGCACCGGGACCUGAAGACCUCGAAUCUCCUCCUGAAUCACCGAGGCAUCCUGAAGGUGGGAGAUUUCGGCCUCGCCAGGGAAUACGGCUCUCCUCUGCGACAGUACACCUCGAUCGUCGUCACCCUCUGGUACCGGGCUCCGGAGCUGCUCCUUAGGGGUCGGGACUACAGCACUCCCAUCGACAUGUGGUCUGUCGGCUGCAUCUUCGCCGAGCUGCUCAGAAUGCAGGCCCUGUUCCCCGGGGACUCCGAGAUCGACCAGCUGAACCGCAUCUUCAAGGAGCUGGGCACUCCGAGCGACCGCAUCUGGCCGGGAUACAGCCAGCUGCCGAUGGUGCAGAAGGUCGGAUUCACCCACUACCCGGUGAACAACCUGAGGCAGCGCUUCAGCCUCUCCUUGUCCGACCUGGGCAUCGAGCUGCUCAACAAGUUCCUUACCUACGAUCCGCACCAGAGGAUCACGGCCGAGGAUGCUCUGAAGCACGGCUACUUUACGGAGACCCCUUUACCCAUCGACCCGGAGAUGUUCCCGACCUGGCCGGCCAAGUCGGAGCUGGGCAUUCGCACUGCGAACGCAUCCCCGAAACCGCCCAGUGGUGGAAAGGAGUACAAGCAGCUCGGAGAUGCCGACGACGCCGAGCUCAGGUUCUCCGGGUUCCAUAUGGGCGUCACAGGAGGUGGACGCCAGCCACCCAUGGGCGGUGGCUUCCACCUGAGGUUCUGAACUGCGACCAUGAAAUAUGCGAAUCGAGAGCAGAGAGCGGCUAGUAAUUUACUCCGGCCACGGCGAGGAACCUGAAGACGCGUAUUCGAUUCAGGAAUUAAUUAUAAUUAAUUAUCCGCGCCGGAAGGACACUGCCUAUCGGCUACCCGAAGAGUCGGGUCUAGGACGAGCCCCCUUUUUUAAGACGUUUUUCAUGUUUGCAGGAUCGAUUAUUUCUAGGAUAAGAUAACGGCGCUCGCUCUGUUUUAGAGUAUAGUCUCUUCGGCAAUGUAAAUAAAUUCGGAGAGGUGUGGAAGAACGAGA